AUGAAAGCAAAAGUACCAAAGAACUUCAAAGCUCCCGACAUGACCCCGUAUGACGGGACAUCGGAUCCAAGCCAUCACCUUAGCAAUUUCAGAAGCAGAAUGUAUCUUACUGAUGCCUCAGACGCCAUUCGAUGCAAAGCCUUCCCGACUACCCUAACGAAGACAGUAAUAAAGUGGUUCGAUAGUUUGCGUCCAAGAUCCAUCGCAAGUUUUGACGACCUUGCUAAAAAGUUCCUCGCCAAGUUCUCCAUCCAGAAGGAGAAAGAAAAACAUGCUCCAAGCUUGUUGGGAAUUAAACAAGGAGAUCGGAAAAGCCUUCGCAGCUACAUGGAAAGAUUCAACAAAGCAUGGCUUGACAUACAAAGUCUUCCAACAAAAGCGGGCAUUAUGGGACUCGUCAAUGGCCUAAGAGAAGGACCUUUCAGCCACUCAAUAUCCAAGUACCCAACAUCUCUAAAGGAGCUUUAA